UGGGUCACUUUGAACACGGAGAGAAACAGAGUAUAUUUGCUUUCUUCACUUGAGAGAGAGAUGGAGAUGGAGAUGGAGAUGGAGAUAGAGAUGAAAAUGAAACAAUCAAAAUUCAAUAGAAUUUGUGUGUUUUGUGGGAGUAGUCCUGGAAAGAAAAGCAGUUAUAAAGAUGCUGCCAUUGAGCUCGGCAAAGAACUGGUUGCAAGAAACAUUGACCUCGUUUAUGGAGGAGGAAGCGUUGGCUUAAUGGGUUUGAUUUCUCAAUCUGUCUAUGAUGGUGGGCGCCAUGUCAUUGGAGUUAUUCCCAAGACACUCAUGCCAAGAGAGAUAACCGGAGAAACAGUUGGGGAAGUGAAGCCAGUGGCGGAUAUGCAUCAAAGAAAGGCAGAAAUGGCGAGACAGUCUGAUGCUUUUAUUGCCUUACCUGGUGGCUAUGGGACUCUUGAAGAGCUGCUUGAGGUCAUAACCUGGGCUCAACUUGGCAUCCAUGACAAACCGGUGGGUUUGCUGAAUGUGGAUGGCUACUACAAUUCAUUGUUGUCGUUUAUUGACAAAGCAGUAGAGGAAGGUUUCAUUAGUCCUAGUGCUCGCCAUAUCAUUGUAUCAGCUCCUAAUGCAAAAGAUUUAAUGAUGAAAAUGGAGGAAUAUUUUCCACGCCAUGAGAGUGUUGCUUCAAAGCUAAGUUGGGAGAUUGAACAAUUAGGCUGCACUCCAAAAUGUGAUAUCUCCAGGUGAACAGAAGAUCACCGGAGCUCAUAUAGACAAUAUAUGCAGUGGACUAAUUUUAGGUGACCCAAAAAAAAAAGGUUCCUGAAAUGGGAAUUGUUUUUUUUCUUUUUUUUUUCCUUAGUGUAAACUACAAAAAUUUAACCUCAUAAUUUGAAGCUCCAUUUGGUUGCCAAGAAGAAGAAGAUGAAAAGACAAGUGGGUUUGUUAAAUUUUAUGCAUCCUUACAUUUAUUUUCUUUCAUUUUCUUGGCAAUGACUGAGAGCUCAAGUUUAGAACUCAGCAAUGGUUAAUUUCAGUAUAUUAUGAGCUUAUGACAAUGUUUUCAUUGUUCACUGUCAAUUAUUGGAUUA